GCGCUCUGAGCGCGCUUGCUAGAUUCACCCUGCCUGCUGUACUUGAGUGUGCAAGUUCGGCCUUGUUUUGUUGCAGCGCCCCUGACUCGUUUCCUGACGCUGCGUUCGGAACUCACGGUACCUUUGACAGAAAACGAGAUGGACGACUGGCUGGCCAACGCAAACGAAAACGAGUUUGACGAGCAAAUGGAAAAGUACCUUGGUACCGACGGACUGCUACACUACCCGCAAGAGAUCCGCACCCGUUCCGGAAAGAUCAUCAGCACCGGCGAAUGGGCCAAGCGGAAAGGAAGGUCGCAGCGAUCGACAGCCAAGACAACAUCAUCGGCAGGAGCAUCGAGGGCCGGCACACCCAACUGGAUAUCGCAGAAGGUUACCCCUUCGUCCGCCAGACAUGAUCAGCUACCGCCUUUGGGGCCAUUUGAGCCUCUGGUCUCAGCGCGUGAUAGCCAGACGGAUCGGCAUGAGGCUCGAGAGUCAAACGCCCUCCCACGGCGACGACGCCGAACACGAGCCAGCGAGAGCCGAAUGUCCCAGCCCACUGAGUCCACAGAGGACGAGUACUCUGAUGAAUCAGAGCUGAGCGAAGGAGGGCUGGAGGAUGACUGGCAACUGGAAAGUUCGUUGAGCCAAAUCCUGCAUGACAAGAACCAGAAGCGAUAUAGCGAAAUGGAGGCGAAGGCGACAAGACGAGAGGCUCUGAAAGAUCCAAUGGAGAGGCUCAAGGUCUUCCAACGCCAGAAUAGAAAGAUGCACCGCCAACAGGACACCCACCCGCUGUCGUCGGAUAUUGGUCGACGAGUGGUAUACGAGUGGGAUACCGAGAGCCGGAUGUCGCCUGUCGAAAAGCCUUUAACUACUGCGCCGUCGGCGUUGGUGUGCCCAGUUGCAAAGGCAGAGCCGCUUCCGGUAUGGCUGUGCAGCGAGGCUCCGUAGGUCGCCUUGUGAGCCGUGGGAACUCAAUCUCCAGGGCUGUUUGUCUGCUUGGCGGCUGACCCACCGACUCUGCACAGGAGAUCAAGCUCCCGGGAACUGGGCCGCGGGUGCGCCUGCUGAUCAACAACUACGUGGUCAACAAGAUCCUCGGCGGCAGCGCUGCAGCGUUCCCUGAACCCGCAGUGCAAGUCAAGGCGCCUGUGCCGCCGCUGCCAGCGAUCCCAGCAGGGGCACACCGCACCCAGCCGUCCCGGAAAGGACCCUGACAGGCUCGAAUGCGCCGGCUCGACUGGGCUGCUGGAUCGAUCCUCCCAGACCCAACGCGAUUGGGCCACGCGAACGCGACCUGUGGGGAAGGAGGCGGACGAGGUUGUCUCGCGUGUGGCUUCCAAGGCCGUGUGGCUCGAGGCAGGCCGUUCCACCGAUGCUGAUGCCGAUGCCGGUGUCGAUGGUGCCGG